GCCAGAAAAAUUCACGGGCCCUCAACCGCAACGACUCGAAUCAUCUCGCGACGGCUUCCAAGCCUCUCACAACGUCCCCAUAUCGACACUCUUCCACAUCAGCCAUUCGGCCUCUCCACCUCUUCAAGGCUGGCCAUAGGAAAAGCGAAGGUCACAGAUAGGAAGAGCAGAGCCCCCCACCCCAACAGCCGACACAAUGGCCGGCGGCGUCGUCAAGUAUAGGCACUUGAGCCGCAACUCGGCCGCCCGCCAGGCCCUCCUCCGCGGUCUCGUCACCUCCCUCGUCGCCCACGAGCACAUUCACACCACCUGGGCCAAAGCCAAGGAGGCUCAGCGUCUGGCCGAGAAGCUCAUCACUCUCGCCAAGCGUGACAACGCAGCCACCCGUUCAAAAGCCCAAGCCAUUCUCUACACGCCCCAUGAUCUCCUUCCAAAGCUCUUCGGCGAGCUGCGAAACCGAUACCUGAACCGCCCCGGCGGCUACACCCGCGUCCUCCGCACCGAACCUCGGAACACGUACGACCAGGCCCCCUCGGCGAUCCUCGAGUUUGUGGACGGUCCCCGCGACAUGCGCUUCAUGAUUACGGCCAAGGCCGUCGCCCGGGCCCAGGUUCAUGGCGUUUCCCGGCUCAACGAACUGACCAAGAAGAACGUCGCCAAGGUGACGCGGUAUCGGCAGGACGGCACGGAGGGGUUUGACAAGCUCGUGCAGAGCUUUAGGGAUAAGCUGCGGAUAAGCAAGAAGAAGGGUGGGCAAGCCGAAGUCUCCGAGGCUGACAGUUAAUUCAGAAGCGGGAAUUGGAGGGGGAAAGAUCAGGAAUGGAAGAGGAAAGUGGCCAACGACGCUAUACUGACCAGCCACUCUACUGGAGUGUCCGAUUCCGGCUGGCGUGAGGAGCUGCAGAGCAAGGAGGGAUUUGCAAGGGGAAACAGAAACGGCUGUCAACAUCACAGCCACCCCACUGUAUCACUACGACGAAAGCUCAUUCCAGAUGUACUACUAGUUCCAAGAACAUGUCUGGUCUAUCUUUUUUUAUGGCUAUAUCUAGACGGUUCAAAUAUGUAUAUAUAUAAAAAUUGAGACAGAAAUCCAAGACCGAGCUGUCCACAGAGGGGGCAGAAGGAAAUCCAACGCUCAACUCACACAAAG